CAUGUCUGGUAGUAAUGUAGCCUGUUUGAUACCAGAUAGAGAUAGCGAUAGCUCAGACGAUGAGUUCCUAGACGCCUUAGAUGCAAUCGAAAACGAGCCGGAACUUGAGUAUGCGGAAAAUGUGAAUUCAGACAACAAUUCAGUCGAAAGACAUAGUAUCGCCAGUUCGCGGAGUCAGACAGAAGUAGAGGUAGAUGGAGGGAGUGUGACGUCACCCAAGUCAGUGACGUCAUCACGCUCAGCUACAUCCUCACACAGCGCUCAAUCCUCUUCCGCUCCAAGCACUCCAUCCAGUCGACAUGGGGCCCCUGCUCAGGCGCUGCCUUCAGGCACAGAACUGUCAACAGACCGUGAAAUGCCCUCCAAGUUCGACCUGAACCUGGAGCUUGAGUCAGACUCGCUAGUCAGCACCCCCUCCCACAUGCUCACUCCGUUCAGGACUCCGGACAUGACACCCCUCAAGGAUGGCUCUAGGAAUGACUCGUUCGCCUCCGCCAGGACCACCACUAUGACCCCGGAGUCAGACAAGGGGGAGGACUCUAGUGUGAACGAGGUAUCAGAACCUACCAUCGCUGCGCCAUCUCCCCCACCCAGACCACCUCAACCUUCAAGACCUCCACAACCAUCAACACCAUCAAGACCUCCUCAACCAUCACAACCAUCGAAACCACCACAACCAUCACCUAAAAGUAAAACACCGGAGAUUAGUGAAGAGGAACUACUGGCGAUGAUGACGAUUAAAUGUCUCGAUACUGGUCAAACAGUAACCAUGGACAAAAUGGAAGAGAUUCUAAAAGAUGCUGAUCCUUUAUCCAAGCAUUUGACGGAAGUGUACGGUUACGCAGCAGAGCAUGAGAGUGACAGUGACAAUAGCUCUUACAUUCAAGGAUCUCGUUCUACUAUCGCCACUUUAGAUGACGAACACGGUACCAACAAUCCUACAGAUACCCCAAAAUCCAAAACUCGAAUGAAAAAUUUCGCGAAAAAAGGAAUGAAAGGUAUGAAAGGGAUGGGAAAAGGUGUGAAGAACCUGUCUAAAAGUAUGCGAGUACACAAGAAAGAGAACGAAAGUGCUGCAGAAUGGGAGGUGCAAAGUGGUGACAUCUCUGUCUACCCCAAUUCCUCCUACAAAAACUACAAACUCGAAAAUGCAAAGUUUAACGUGAUUGAGCUACAGUCAAUAAACAAAGCUCACGUGAAAGCUAUCUGGGUGAUGAAGAUGUCCCCGGGGGGUAAGGUGCUAGCAAGCGCUGGUGAUGAUAAGAACAUCAACAUUUGGGUCCUCAAAUCAGUCUGGGACAACUUCGUCGAGAAAUAUUAUCUCAAGAACAAACACGACACACCCCCAACUCGCAACUCAGAUGACGACGGAGGUUACUUCGAGUCAGUACCUUUCAGAGUGUUCAGAGGAUCAGAGGGUCCCAUUAUCGAUCUGAACUGGAGUAAGAAGAUGUAUUUCUUACUAUCAGCCGGAACAGACAGGAAUGUCCGGCUUUGGCACAUAGCUAGGCAAAUCCAGAUCGCAUGUUUCCCCCACCCUGACGUAGUCCCGACGGUGGUAUUCCACCCUCUCAGUGAUGUCCUCUUUCUCAGUGGAUGUCUGGAUGGCCGGGUAAAACUUUGGAACAUCCACGCUCGCAAGGUCCAGUCUCAUUACAAGUUGGAGCCCCGAAACAACAGUGACGCGCUGAUAACGGCAGUUAACUUCGUGACGUACGGUAACCGUAAGGUCCGAGCAUUUGUUGGAACUUACGACGGUCGAAUAACCGUCCUUGACAUCACGGCAUCUAAUACCCUCGACUAUCACACAGCACUUGAUAUCAGGGGAAACAGGAGUAAGAAUGCCAGGAAAAUCACUAGCAUAGAACAGCGGCCAAAUAGCACCAACAUACUCGUUACCUCCAAUGAUAGCCGUAUCAGACUAUACGACGUUGAUAACUGGCAGCUAACCUGCAAGUACAAAGGAUUCCUAAACGUGUCCUCUCAGAUAAAAGCCUCCUUUUCUCACGAUGGCAAAAUCAUUAUCAGCGGGGAUGAAAAAAAUUUCUGCUACUUCUGGGAAACUGAAACCCACUACAAAAUCUUCAGCCAUGCCUCCAGCAAAGGACCGUUAAAACGGCAGUUGCGGCGGGACAAGAACGACUGUUACCACCGCUUCAGAUCGCACGCGUCGCGGGUCACGUGCGCUACCUUCGCCCCUGAGGCUCUAACGGAUAACGAGGGAUUUGUUAAGGAGAUAUUCGUCACAUCAGACGCGAAGGGAAACAUCAAGUGUUUCCUCAACAUUCGUAACCCUUGAAGAGGAUUUUUCUCGGUGACAGUCCUAGUGACAUCGUCAAAAGCGUCACAAAAUUAAACCUUAGCUCUUCAACCCUACACAGUUGCGCGGUUAGAGACAGGAGCCUUCAGGAGCCUUCAGCAGCACCUGACAGGAACCUUCAGGAGCACCUGACAGGAGCCUUCAGGAGCACCUGACAGGAACCUUCAGGAGCACCUGACAGGAGCCUUCAGGAGCACCUGACAGGAACCUUCAGCAGCACCUGACAGGAACCUUCAGCAGCACCUGACAGGAGCUUCAGGAGCACCUGACAGGAGCCUUCAGGAGCACCUGACAGGAGCCUUCAGGAGCACCUGACAGGAGCCUUCAGGAGCACCUGACAGGAGCCUUCGGGAGCACCUGACAGGAGCCUUCAGGAGCACCUGACAGGAGCCUUCAGCAGCACCUGACAGGAGCCUUCAGGAGCACCUGACAGGAGCCUUCGGGAGCACCUGACAGGAGCCUUCAGGAGCACCUGACAGGAACCUUCAGGAGCACCUGACAGGAGCCUUCAGGAGCACCUGACAGGAGCCUUCAGGAGCACCUGACAGGAACCUUCGGGAGUACCUGACUCAAGAUGCAGAGCUCAAUGCAGGACUCUAUUCCUUCCUGGACCGCCUUCUUAGCGUCCAGAUCUGUUUAUCUCCGAUGGUGAUAUCUUUUGGCAAAUUCUACUGGUCUCUGAAUAACCACAUCAGUUAAAAACUUAAAAGACCUGUCCUGUAGCUGCUGGGCGGUAUGAUCGUGCAGUAAUUUUACAAAUCAUUACUAAACACUAAAUAAAGUUGCACGCUGAUGCUGCGCGCCUGCGCAGUCUGCUCAAGUUAAGGUAUCCUACAACAUGCACUUUUAUCAUAAUAAUGUCACUGCUUUUUAUUAGACAUUAGAACCUUUGAAGGUAUUUUGUACUGAGAAGUUAAUCUCGAUACGUUUCUAGCUGUGUUUCUUAUCAUUCCUAAUUUAUAUUCUAUCAAAGGUCACCACUCACCAUUCAUAAAUGAUUAUUUAUUUUUGGCUCAGAAGUCUUAUCUCCUGCAUGCCUAAAGUUUGAUGCCAACUGUCCACCAUCUCGAAUGUGCAAUUGGUGUACAAUGUAGAUGUGCUGUAAUAGUACUUGAACUGCAUAAUUGCAAUUAACAUACGCUGUUCUACGGCCUUGAAGCGCGUCUUAUCGUUACACUUACGUCUUACACAUUAAUAAUACCUGACAACAUCACAGUUUUUGAUUUUUCUGAUCUUUCUGAUUUUAAUUCCUAGAUAAAUUAAUCCUCCUUUUCAAAUCUGCUAUUCUUAUUAGAAGAUUUACUGCAUCACCUAAAUUGUAGGGCAGAAUUAAAAACUUUCUUCACAAGUGACAGCCUCACCCUUAAAAACAGCGUUUCUAUCAGCACAUUUCCUUGAAUAAUUUUCUUGGAUAAUCCUAUAAUCCUGUCAAGUUUUUGAUUUUUUCACACUUACAUCUUACUUUUCAUCUUAAUUUAAUCGUGAAAUUGAUUGAUUUAAUUCCUUAUGCAUAAUCUUACCUGUUCAUGUCGUAUCGGAAAAGUCUAAACAUUUUUAUAGUUAUUGCUAGAUUUUACUCAAGGUUUUAACUUGAUUUAUCUCAUAUUUUUGAUGAAAUUUUUACUUUCAAAACCAACUAUUUCGACGAUUAGGACAUUAUGAGAAAAGAAGAGUGCGACACUUUUUAUCCUUUGAUCAACUUUAGUUCGAACUUGAGAACGACAUGUAUUACUUUAAAAGCAUUAAAUAAUACAUAAGUUUCCUCCUCAUAUUUAUUUAUCAAAUUUUUCGGGGUUUUGAGAAUUAGGGCCUGCAACUUCACUAGACGGUCGCUCCUCUGAGCACGAGAUCUGGUGAACUUGACAACUAUAAUGUAUUGAUUUGUAUAACUAUUAAGAUGUUUUAUUGUACUGAUAAGGGAUAUUCUAUAUGUUUGAUAUUGUUUUUGUUUAUUUAAGAGUUAUUUUUCUCGUGAUAAUGUCAGAGUGGAUGAGUUGUUUGUGUACGUUUGUGCACGAAUUACGCGAGGCGCAUACCUCUAAUCCCAAGGUGAAUUCAGUCAAUUUGGUGGGAUACUUUGGUUCGGUAUGGAUCAAAAUUCAAAUAUGCUAUAAUUUGGUUCGGUGGAAAUGCGCGGCUCAGCACGUGCAACUACUUAGAGCCGCGCAAUCCUACCAAUGAACUCUGUGAAACUGAGUGAAAUUCAUUGUUAUUGUGGAAUAUUCGGUGUUAUCGGACAUUCGAAAUCUUUAAUGUUUGUCUGAUUGACAUGGUAACUAUGAGUUCUUUAAUUUUGUCAAUCUACAAUGGAAUAUUCUGUUAGACUAA